AGAAUGUCUGAUGGGGGAUAGGGAAAUACCCAUUGUUGCUGUUGAUGAUUAUCGUUCCAGGCAGACUCGUGACGUACCUGCAUAAGCAGUAAGCACUUAUGGACUACGUACCAUGUCUACCUAGCUGAAAAGACCCAAUAUUGGUAUAGCAUCAAAUUUACAGCUCACCAUAUACCCAUGCUUUGGUCUCAUCUAGACAAUCGCAACGUAACCCCCGCAGCCUAAACCCACUAAAUUAAUAAUAUGGUGUUCAGUAUCGGAGGUAGUGGAUAUAAAAUCCUAAGUCCGCUCAACUGUUCAAGGUAUAUAAACAAGCGAUUGCUCUUACCUUCAGCUCCCAACUCACAAUUCAAUUCAAUUUAUUCCAUUCCAUAAUCUCCAAUAUGAAGUACGUGCAACUCGGUUCGAGCGGUCUCCGCGUGUCGCCCAUCUGCGUCGGCUGCAUGAGCUAUGGCGAACCCAAAGGACAAUUCAACUGGUCCACACCCGAAGACGAAGCCCUCCCCGUGCUAGACCACUGCUACCAGUCUGGUCUCAACUUUUUCGACACGGCCAAUAUCUACUCAAACGGUGUUUCGGAGGAGAUUCUGGGCAAAGCGAUCAAGCAAUUCAACUGGCGCCGCGAAAACGUCGUCAUCGCGACCAAGGUCUGGGGCCCUGUUGGUCGUGGUCUUGAGAAUGCACUCUUUAUGAGUGAGGAGGAGAGAGACAAUUCCGGCUACGUCAAUCAGUACGGACUCAGUCGGAAACAUAUCUUCGACAGCAUCGAUGCGAGUUUGAAACGGUUGGGUCUUGAGUAUGUGGAUCUAUUGCAGAUUCACCGAUUCGAUCCUCACACGCCUCCCAAGGAGACCAUGGAAGCGUUGCAUGAUGUCGUCAAGUCCGGGAAGGUGAGGUACAUUGGGGCCUCGUCUAUGUGGGCGCAUCAACUCAUGGAGUACCAAUACACCGCGAGGAUGAACGGCUGGACCGAGUUCAUCUCUAUGCAGAACCUGUACAAUGCUCUGUACCGGGAAGAGGAGAGGGAGAUGAUACCUGCUUGCACCAAGUUUGGAAUGGGUAUCAUUCCGUGGAGUCCCAUCGCCGCGGGAGGUCUGGCACGGCCGGUCAAGGCCCUCACUGAGACGAAGAGAGGAGGGGGCAUGAUUUUCAGUCAGGGUAUUUCAGAGGCGGAUACCAAGAUUAUCGAGAAGGUUGAGGAGAUUGCGAACAGCCGUGGUGUCGCUAUGGCUACUGUGGCUGUGGCUUAUUGUCUGUCCAAGCCGUUCAUCACGUCACCCAUUCUGGGAAUGAGCAAGAAGGAGAGAGUGGACGAGGCCCUCCAGGCGCUUGAGCUUAAACUCACUGAGGAGGAGAUCAAGAGUAUUGAUGACCUGUACGUACCAAAGGCAGUGCUCGGACAUAGGUAGUGUGACAGCGUUUGAGCUGGAGUGUUGAACAUAAUAUGAAUUCUCCAUUGACUGAAUGCCUUAUCCCAUAAAUAUCCUUUGCCAAAAUGCCAGUGCUUAUUCGUUGUCUGUGCUUUUUGAUAAUCUGGCCAGACCUACUGUCUACUGGUUGUAGAUAUGAAGUAGAAAACAUCCAGCAUUGCCCAUUGGAU